AUCCCUCUAGUACCACAAAUCGAAACUAACUUGAACAUGUAUUGGGGGAAUAGGUUAAGUUAUUUGUUAAUAAAUGGUGAAUUUAUUUACUCAAUUAUUAAAUUAAUUACAGUGUUCCACGUAAUUUGCUUGACUAUAUUUACUUCAAACUGGAUUUUUUCAUACAAUUCUUACAAGAUUUGGAAAAAUAUACGUUUUUAUAAGAAUGUACUUACUAUGUUAUCUAUAUCAACAGCUGGCAGAUAACAUUAUAAAAAAGUUACGUUUUAGUGAUAUGCAUGUUCCAUUUAUUGCAGUAAUUAUCAACAUAAUAGAUAUUCUCUGUUGUUAUAAUUCUUCCGGUGAUGUAAAUAGAAGGGAAGAGCUCCAUACAAAUGUUCUUGUUAGAAACUAGUUCAAAGUCAUCUGCGAAACAAUACAAGUCAGAACGAUGGAAGCCCAAGUCAUAGAAGUACAACCUUUCAAGACUUUGAAGGAGCUAUAUGAUAAAGUAAACAAUUUACAAUUAUGGCCACAUAUUAAGGAACUGCGGGAAUCGACGGAUUAUGUAUAUUGUGGUUCUGAUAUAAAUAUAUCAAACAUAUAUCUGAAAAAAGUUGAUAGAGAAAACCAACCUAAAACGUUACUUUGUCAUGACAUGAAAGGUGGCUACCUAGAAGACAGAUUCAUAGAUGGGUCAAAAUCUCAUGAUGCUUACCUUUUUUAUCACUGGAGUGUCAUUGAUACAUUUGUGUACUUUAGUCAUUACUUUAUAACGAUACCACCUUUCGGAUGGAUUAAUGCAGCUCAUGAUCAUGGAGUAAAAGUUCUUGGUACUGUAAUUACUGAAAGAGAAGGUAUUUGGGAGCCUAUACUUGAAUCCCAAGAGACAGCGAGAAGGUUUGCAGAUGCCUUAAUUCUGGUUGCAAAAUUUUAUAAGUUCGAAGGCUGGUUGUUGAAUGUUGAGAAUCAAAUUCAUAACAAUCUAGUUAAUAAUUUAAUAUAUUUCAUGAAAUACCUAACAGAAUGUAUUCAUACACAAAUUAGAGAUUCUGAAGUUAUUUGGUACGAUAGCAUAACUAAUAAUGGAGAGUUGAAUUGGCAAAAUGAGAUAAAUGAUAAAAAUGUAGAAUUCUUCUUAAAUUGCGAUGGCAUUUAUUUGAAUUAUAAUUGGACCCAGUCAAAGCUUUUAAAUAGUUAUACACUUGCAAGAAGCCACAAUCGUAAUGUGCAAGAUAUUUAUGUAGGGUUGGAUGUUUGGGGAAGAGGUUGUCCUGGUGGUGGUGGCUUCAACUCUUCAUAUGCUUUGGAAAAAAUACGACAACAAGGGUUGUCAGUUGCUAUUUUUGCAUCAGGUUGGACCCACGAAUUUUUCGGACCCAAAACGUUUCAUGAAUUAGAAACUUUAUUCUGGGCGCAACUGUUUCCUUAUUUGUACGUUCAUGUACCUAUUUAUGAAAAUGAAGUAUUCAAAACAUCCUUCUGCCAUGGAAAUGGUAGUUCUCAUUACCGCUAUGGAGAGGUACAAUUCGAGAUGCGUGUUGUAGAAGGAAAAAAUAUAUUUGAAAGAAAAUCGUUUUAUAAUUUAGCCAUGCAAAAGCCUCAGAUUUCUGUGCCUAUUCCACAUCUGAAAUUUAUGCACGUUCUUAGAAAUUCGGAAAACGAAGGUGAUAAGAGUCAGUGUUCGAAAAUGCCGAUAGAAUGUAUUUACGAAACAAAAAAACAUGCUAUUCGAAUAUUAAAAAACAUCGUAAACAUCGAAGAUAAAUCGUCCAUAUCAGACAUAAACUACUUUGAAUUUUGCGAUCAAUUCUCUUACGAGGGUGGUGGUUGUCUAAAAUUAAUAACGAAUGAUCCUAAAUUGUAUCACAGAUUAUUUCUAAUUCACAUUGAAUUUCAACAAGACAUCCAUGCAACUGUUGUAUACGAAGAAACGGGAUCACUCGAGGGAAACGCAAUACGAAACGAGCCGAUAUUGAUACUGGCUAACGAUACUGGCUUGAAAUCUAUCAUGUCAUACAGAUCGGAAAACGUCAACCCCAGAUGGAAAAAGUGGUUGCAUCAACUCAUAAUGGUCAUUAACAACCACAAUAGUAAAAAUACUUGGGCUUAACUUAGUGUCAAACUGCACACGGAUGUAGAAAGACACAUUUCGAUAGAUUAUAUAUAACGUCAAUAAUUUUAACGUGUUUCAACAACUGUAGUAUGUUAGAACAUGAUUCGACACUGUUGGUUAUCUCUCUGAGGUUGCUAUUUAUCCGGUAAAGGCUUUAUCAUCUAUUGUACUUUUGGCAGACCGUUGAAAUGUGUUCCAUCAUCAUAUCGAUGUUGUAGUCACAUGUUGGUUGAAGAACUCUAUUCUUGAUUUUGGUUCUUUUAAACAGGACUCGGUUUAUACGAACUUGAGAAUUCCAUCUUUCCUUCCAAACUAUGGCAUAUAUGCCUUUUUAAUCGACUUCGAAAUGAAGGAGGUUACUCAAUUCGACAUACAGGGUGUCCAUGCUAAAGUGUGACAGACGCAUAUUUCAAUAACUAUUGAUGAUACGAAAAAAUUGUUUAUAUGUAAAUUGCAGGAUACAAUGGGCUCUAUAUUGUUCCGUAAACGAAAAUUUUUUUAUAUUAUUAAU